AUGGUGUCGAGUGAUAUGGGCGUGGAAGGAGAAGAAGACGAAGAAGAAGAAGAAGAAGAUGAUGAUGAGGAGGAGGAGGAGGAGAUGGAGGAGAUGGAGCGGGAGCAUCAUAACCUAAGGGCAACAUUAAACUCUCUACUUGACUCAUUUCCGUCCCUUCACUCAUGCUCAUAUGCCACUAAUGUCAUGCCAACAACACAGUGGCUGCGCACGACAUGGAGACGGGCUCUCGCGACUCGCUUGCGUUACGACUGCUCCUUACUAGAUAAGACCUCGCGUUGGAAUAACGCGAAAUGUUGGUCAUCACUUGAAACAACCGGCAAAAUGACCAUCGUGGGGGCGGAGAAUGGCAUCCUAUCAUACCGUGCUCCAAUCAAGACAAAUUCAGACUGCUCGACGCGAUGGCUCACGUAG